AUGAUUUUGAAACGGAUUUUGACGACAUUCGAUAAUCUGAAUCUGAAGCGGUGCAAAAUUGAUUUAGAAAUUGAGUAUGGUAGCCAAAAGGGUGAGAUUAUGGUGUAUAAGAAGAGACAACGAGCAAGCGUUGAUCAACCAUGUAGCAGAGAACCCGGAGUUCUAACAAGUAGCUCAAGCUCCUUGACCAGUAGAGAAGAAUCUCAACAAGUGUGCUCUGACCAGUCCAAGUCUUCGCGUGGCAGAGUUCGAGCGGUUCCUUCAAGGUUCAGGGACUCCAUUGUUGGUACAUGGAAAUCCUUGAAGAGUCGCAAGGAAGAGUCGACGGAGACAUGUAUCUGGGGAAGCUCGAAAUUGCAUCGAAGCAAAGACCCGAAGCUGUUUCCACGUAAGGAUAACGAAGACAGCAGCGAAGUAGAUUGCGAUUACUGGGAUGCUAACUUUGGUAUGCCGAAAAAGUCCGACGCCUCGCGUAAGGGCGUGUACAAACCAGAGGAAUUUACAGUCGGCGAUCUUGUCUGGGCCGGCUGUGAUUGGAUGCCGAUUGGUGCCUUUGUGCUUGAUUCUCGAACUUCACUCCUGACUGAGAGUUUGAGUGGUCGCCUGAAAGUCCCAAAGGAAGGAACCAUAGAACGGAUGUUACAAAAAUAUUUACAGCUUGUGCGACCUGUUUGUGACCUCAGAACAAUGCAAACUCUUGAUGCUAGGCACAUUGAACUCUUCCUUAGUGAAGGCUACAAAGAUGGAAGCUGGGACUACAAUCUGAUUGGAUCUCAUAAGUUGCAGAAAAACGCAAGUGCAGCUUGUGGAGCCAUAUUUGACCUCAAACACCAUAAAGAAUCUUCAUCCUCAGGUAUUCUCAACCUCAAGUCUUGGACCGGACAGCCAGAUAUUUCCCAACCUAAAGCAGUUAUCGCACCCCAUGCAGUUGCUGUUCACACAAGAUUGCGAGAAAACGAAGUUGCGGAAAUCCAAUCAGUAUUGUGGCAUUUGCAAGAGAGUAUGGCAGCCCUUCAAAUGAUGGAGAUUGGGUUUAUUGUGAUGAGUGUGAUGUAUGGCCGUAUGGGUGCGACAAUAAUUUAUAUAAGCGCUUUAAGGAACUGGAGCACAACAGUUACUAUUGCCCUAACUGUAAAGUCCAGCAUGAGCUUAUCAAUAUUAGAAGAACAGAACUCAGUGUUCAAAAAAGGCGACACAGACUGAGCUGCCUGAUGAGAUUAAUGUAGUCUGUAAUGGCAUGGAAGGAACAUAUAUCAGAGCAUUUCAUGCAAUUGAGUGCAAGUGUGGUUCAUGUGGGUCAAGGAAGCAGUCACCAAGUGAAUGGGAACGGCAUACAGGCUGUAGAUACUAGAUAGCGUAAGAGUGAAAGACACAAUGCUACCUCUAGAAAAAUGGCUUUGCAUGAAGACUUUGAUACUAUAUGUAUCUGUAUAUGUAGAAGAGUAUCAGUUUUAUCUAAAUGACUAGUCUCCAAAUUUGUGGUUUAUUGAUUUCGUCAGAAUGGUAGGCUCUUUAACUGAUUUAAGGUGAAAACUACAUUGGUCUUUGUUCAGUGUUAGAUUUGUCUUUUGUGGGUUUGGAAUGGAUUAAAGAGGAGUCUUUUACUGGAUUUUGUUGAAUGCUAGAUUUGGGUUUAGUAAACAAUGAAUCCUUUACUGGUUUUGAAGGAUGUUAUAUUUGAAACUGAUUAGA